AUGAAUAAGCACGAGAUCCCAGCUGGUCUCAGUCUGAUGCUACGCGACUUCACUGUGGCAGUCCUCAGACAGAAACCUUCCGACCUCUACCUCUUCGCCGCUGACUACUUCCAAAAAUUAUCAGAAAGAAACAGAAACAACAACAUUCCUAGCAACACUAACAACAACUGCAACGAGGAUUUGCCGGCGAAGAUGGAAAGGAUAAAUUUCGGGCGCCGUAGAUCAGUAGCGGCAGAACGUUACGACCCGGAAGAAGAUGAGGAUGAUGACAACGAUGAUGCCAACAAAAAAGUAAUGCAUCCAAAGACAGACGAGCAGCGCAAACGUCUGAAAGAGGCGGUGCAAGGCAUCCUGCUUUUCAGAUCUUUGGCUCCUGAACAAAUGAAUGACGUCAUCGACGCCAUGUUCGAACGUAACGUAGAUCCUGGAGAUCAUGUGAUUGAGCAGGGAGACGAUGGAGACAACUUCUACGUCAUCGAUUGUGGCGUUUAUGACGUCUACGUGAAGAAUGAGGUGAGUCGUUCGUUGCUGCACAGCGGAAGCUUCGGCGAGUUGGCUCUGAUGUACAACAUGCCACGAUCGGCAACCGUGGUUGCAGUCACGAAGGGUCGUCUCUGGGCCAUGGAUCGCAAGUCAUUUCGUCGCAUCGUCUUGCGCAGUGCGUGCAAACAGCGCAAGACUUACGAGUCCUUGUUGGAAAAAGUUCCAAUGUUACAGCAUCUGGACCUCUACGAGAGGAUGAACCUGGCCGAUGCUCUCACACCGGUCUAUGUGAACGAUGGAGAGAUGAUCAUCAAGGAGGGAGAUGUGGCGGAUGGCAUGUACUUCAUCGAACAUGGCGAGGUUAAGGUCACCAUCACACGUAACGGAGUUGAAUGUGAGGCAGCCCGAAUGCAGGCUGGGGACUACUUCGGGGAGAUGGCCCUGGUCGAGAAAGCCCCUCGUUCGGCCUCGGUGUAUUCGAGUGGAGGGGGAACAACGAAGUUGGCCUUUCUGGAGGUCGACUGUUUCGAAAGACUGCUGGGCCCAUGUCUGGAAAUCAUGAAGAGGAACAUCACCAAUUACGUUAAGAGUUCGUAA